AUGCUGGCGCUUAUCGGCGGAACCCGCGCGGCAACGAUGGACGAUAUCACCGCCUUGGUGCAGGGAGACAUCCGCACGAAACAGACGCUGGCUCUCGACAACCGGGGCCUGACCGGGCCGAUCCCCCCCGAGCUGGGCCUCUUAACCAACCUAACCCUCCUAAGCCUAGCCGCAAACACGCUCACCGGCCCCAUUCCCCCGGAGCUCGGGAACCUGACGAACCUGAGGUUUCUAACCCUGUCGGGAAACAGGCUGUCGGGGGGGAUCCCCGGGGAGUUGGGCAAGCUAUCCGUGCUGGAGUCCUUGGACCUGUACGACAACCAACUCUCGGGGCCCAUUCCCCCCGCCCUGGUUGCCACCCUAACCCGGCUGGUCCGGUUGUCCGUGUACAACAACAGCCUCACGGGUGCCAUCCCCCAGGAGGUCGGGGGACUCGCCUCCCUGGUUGUUCUGGACGCCCGGUACAACCGCCUGACGGGACCCGUUCCGGCGGAACUGGGUCGGCUCGGCAAGCUCCUGCGAGUGGACCUGUCAGGGAACCGGCUCACCGGGGGGAUCCCCCUCGAGUUAGGCAACCUGUCGCUCCUGGAGACGCUCGAUCUAGACGUCAACUCGCUGUCGGGGCCCAUUCCUGCGACGCUCGGCAACCUGCCCCGUCUCCAGACGCUGAAUGUCUCCGUCAACAAUCUGAACGGCACGAUUCCCCCGGCGCUGGGCCGGUUGGCUUCCCUGCAGUAUCUGGACGCCUUCUCGAACCAGCUGUCGGGCGGGAUUUCCCCCGAGCUGGGUCGGUUGAGCAAUCUCCGGUGGUUAGAAUUGUUCGACAACCAGCUCACCGGAGGCAUCCCCCCGGAAUUGGGCGACCUCACGGCUCUUGCCGUGCUUAACCUCGCCGUCAACGCUCUAACCGGGCCCAUUCCCCCGACCCUGGGCAAGUUGAGCAACCUGGGUUAUCUUUACCUCUAUAACAACAGCCUUACUGGCGGCGUGCCGACUGAGCUUGGGAACCUAACCCGGCUCUCGGAGCUCGACUUGUACAACAACAACCUCACGGGCCCCAUUUCCGCAAGCCUCGGCGGCCUUCCCUUCUUAACCUACCUCAACCUGGCCGCCAACUAUCUCAACGGCUCCAUCCCCCGGCAGUUCGGCGCGCUAAACAACCUCGAAACCCUCUUCUUGUGGGACAACGCCCUCUCUGGCCCCAUUCCCUCGGAGUUCGGGCGCCUGCGGAAACUCCAACUCCUGGAGCUGUCGUUUAACGGGCUGUCGGGUCCUGUCCCCUCAGAGAUUGGCAACCUAACCGCGCUGUCUUACCUGGGGCUUCGCGGCAACUACCUGAACGGGACCAUACCGGGCGAAUUGGGCGGCCUUAGUAACCUGCAGUAUUUGGACCUCUCCUUCAACCGCUUUGCCGGGGGCCUCCCGGCGGCGCUGGCCGGACUAAUCAACCUGCGGAAGCUAUACGCCCGGGGCACUGCCGUGUACGGCCAGUACACCCCGUUAACCGGCCCGGUUCCCCCGCAACUGGGCGCUCUGCGCAACCUGCGCAUUCUGGACCUGCGCGAGCAGCGCUUCUCGGGGGGGAUCCCCGGGGCGCUCGGCGCUCUCGGCGCCCUGGAGGAGCUCCACCUCCAGGGCAACAACUUCUCGGGGCCGAUCCCAGGGGAGCUGGGCAACCUGCGCAGCCUGCGCGUGCUCAACGUGUCCAACAACCAGGGAGUAUACGACGAUAAGUACCCCAACGCCUCGAGGGGUCUCGUCGGACCCAUCCCCCCGGAACUCGGACGCCUGUCCAACCUCACCGUCCUGGACGUGUCCGGAAUGUUCGAGUUCUCGAGUCCGAUCCCCCCGGAGCUCUCCGCCUUAGCCCGCCUGGAAGAGCUCUACCUGCAAGACGACAAUCUUACGGGGCCUAUCCCGCCAGGCCUGGGCAGCUUAACCCGGUUGCGGGUCCUUAACCUGGGCACCGACUCCAAGAUCCUGGACGGCGCCGGUAACCGAGAACUCACCGGGCCGUUCCCCCCGGAGCUUGGCAACCUGGCACGGUUGGAGGUCCUCAACCUGGCGGGAGCUCAGAAGUUGACGGGGCCCCUUCCUGGGGAACUCGGUCGAUUGUCCCGGCUCAGAAUCCUGAACCUGGGUCAGUUGUUCAGCCUGUCGGGUGCAAUUCCCCCGAGCUUCGGCAACUUAACCCAGCUGUCCACCUUCAAACUCCCGCGCUGCAACCUGAGUGGUCCCAUCCCCCCCGGCCUGUUUGCAUCCAUGGCAAACCUCGCCUACUUGGAUCUCUCGAGCAACAACCUGUCGGGGCCCAUUCCUUUCGAAUUGGGGGACAACCUACAGUUGCGGGAGAUAGACCUCUCGAACAACACCCUCGACGGACCCAUUCCCCCGCCCCUUGGCAAGCUCUCGAGCCUCGCCCGUUUGACUCUCCAGUUGAACAACCUGUCCGGGCCCAUUCCUCCCGUGUUGGGAAACCUUUCGGAGCUGCGCAUAUUGAGGUUCAACAACAACAGCCUGACGGGCCCGAUCCCAGAUCUCAGCAAGCUCGUCGACUUGGAGGAGCUCACGCUAGCUUCGAACCAGCUGUCGGGAAGCAUCCCAGAAGAUUUGGGCUUCCUGCCCAAUGUCACUACAUACGGCAUCGAUCUCUCCAGCAACCGACUGACAGGCCCCAUUCCCGUCAGUUUUGGGACCCGGAACUCGUCACUCGGUUUGUCCCUCAACCUAGCCAAUAAUCUCCUAUCCGGCGCCCUCUCCCCGAGACUCUUCCCCGGCGGCAGCCAGGGCUACUUUUAUAACACGCUCGACCUUUCCAACAACAGCCUCUCUGGGCCGAUCCCGGUGGAGAUGGCGAACGUCACCAUCGAGACCAUACGCCUCGCCAACAACAACCUGUCGGGCCCCCUCCCCCUCCUAGGCAGCGUUUCCAUCAUUCUGAGAGACCUUGACGUAUCCAACAACCGCCUGUCGGGACCCAUCCCCCCUUCCCUCGCCAACCUCCCCUUCUGCAAAAACAUCCGGCUCCGGAACAACAGCUUCACCGGUCCUGUCCCCCCGAAGCUGCUUCUGUACCUCGGAUAUCGGACGUCCGGACCCGAGCUCCUAGACUUCUCCCACAACCGCCUCUCGGGGCCCCUCCCGGACGACCUUUGCGUCCCCACGGCGGACCUCAGCUUCAACAGCAUAACCGGGGGGAUCCCUCGGACCUUUGCCAGAAACUGCACCCUGUUCAACAACUUGGACCUGAGCGAGAACAGCCUGAACGGCCCACCCCCCUCGAACUUCCUCACAACCCGCCGGCUCGUCGGGUUCGACUACCCGGUUCCCCAGUACCUCCUUAACGCCACCAACCUGACGAGCCUGCGGCUAGGGGUUUCCAAAACGGUGGUGUCAACCGUUGACCUGUCGCACGUCCCUGCCGGGUGCAAGGUGGUGACCUUGGUCGGGGCUGCUCCCCGGUUGAUCGACAUCCGCUUCUGGGAGGGGUGCAAAGAGGGGUGCGUGGUCGAUAUCAUCGGCACAGGGGCGCGCUUAACCCAGAGAACCCGGGAGGAGAUCUGCCUCAGCAAGAUCUCUGUUUUCAUCCGGGGCGAUUCCCCGGUCCUCGUUUCCCCGAGCACCCCCGGCGGUCGCCCGCUGCCCCCCUACCUCACAAACGCCCAGGGUAACUACUUGUUUAACGACAGCGGUUUCUUGGACAAGAUCGACCUGGGUCCGGGGAGCCUAACCUACACCGGGGUUUCCUUUACUGGGGUCCAGAACGGGAACCUCUGCCGGGAACCUAACGCGCGCCUCACCGUCGCGAUCGCGUGGGGGGCGUUCGCCGCGGCCCUCGCGCUCCUGCUCGUCGCGUGCCCGCUCGCGCAGCGCCUGAUGCGCGCGCGCGCCGGGGCCGGGAACGGAGCCUCCGGGCUCGACAAGCGCCCGCGUCUCGCGGCCGCGCUGAAGGCCGCGCUCUACUUUUGGGGCGUCCUGACGUCACUGCUGCCGUACUACGACCUGUACACUGACGUCACCGUCCUGCGCCAAGUGGGGGCCGCCUGGCCGCGCGACAUUCUCCUGCCGUCCAUCGUCGCGCCGUUCCUAGUUGCCGGCCUGUUCGCGGCGGACGCCUGGGCCGUCUCGGGGGGCAUCUUCGGCCUGCCGUCCUGCCCCCCCGGGCUGCGGUUCGUGAUGUGGCCGCCCCAUAUCCUCGGCAAUAAGCGGUGGUCUCGGAGGACCCUGUACGAGGGCGCCCCGCUGCUGAAGGGCGGCCGCUGGCUGAAGCUGCUCUACCUGUGGCCCCUCGCCAUUCUGCGCUUCCCCAUGUUGGACGUACUGGGGAUCGCCGCCAACUGCGGGUGCUUCGCGCGCGCGCCACGUGACCUCGACUCCGGGCCCGCGGUCGUGGGCAUGGAGGAGUACCUCGCCUCGCGGCAGCACCUGGACACCCUCCUCCGGGCGCUGCCCCAGUCCAUCUUCCAGUCGGUGCUAUACGUACUGGGCAGCUCCCGGGGCACGCGUAUCUACAUCGACCGCGCGAUCUUCCUGCAGUCCAUCGUCGCGUCCCUUGCGUCGCUCGCCGCGUACGUCGGGAAGCUGUACUGGGAGGCCCUCGAAAGCGGGGAGAGCUUCCCGGCGGUGUUCUGGCCGCGGCCGCGCAAGAUGCGCGCGGUCACCUUCUUCGCCGAGGAGCGCGGCGCGGCCGCGGGCGCGGGGCUGUCCUGGAAGGACGCGCAGCUGGAGGUUCCCGCCUGAUUUGAGACGUGGGUGUCGAUACAGGACAGACUGGCAAGGCUCGGAUAUCUCGCAGUAGGCAACGGUCUCCACUAGUCCCGCCAAGGCUCUGGUCAUCCCUCCAAUAAUAGUGUUUGGGGGUUAAGGACUAGGUUUGACUGAAUGAAGCCUAAUUUCUGUGCAUUCAGCCCCAUUCUCAAACAUUAACCCUUAUUCUUGACCUCAUUCUGACAUGCAGAAUGCAAAAAUGACAGGAAACAAGAUUUAGUACCAAAAAUGACUG